AGAAAUACGGCAGCGGCUGGUGCACGUGAUUCGGAAGUGAGUGAACGCACUUCUGGAGAGGUUUGCAGUGAGAAAGUUCACUAUCGGAGUUUUAUUGAUUUAAAAAUAAACAACAAUAAUGUGGGACGCGGCGUUUUUACAGAACAAACUUGACAUGGACUUGUCAGAAGAGGAGCGGAGAGGACUGAAGCGGAAAAUAUCGUUGACAAGCUGUGAUGUGUGCGAAGCCGAGGAGGCCAAGUACCGCUGUCCCAACUGCCUGAAGUGCUCCUGCAGUCUGCCCUGUGUGAAGCAGCACAAGUUCCGCUCAGGGUGCAGUGGCGUUCGGGAUCGCACCACCUUUGUCCCUCUGUCUCACUUCAGCGACCUCCACCUGCUCAACGACUACAGGUUUCUGGAGGAGACGGGACGCGUCGCUGAGAGACCCAACAGAGACGCACUGCUACGCACUCGCUCACGCCACAGCUUCCGUGUGAUGCUGCUGUUGAGGAACGCGAGGGCAGCGAAGGUAAAUCUGAAGAUCCUGCCGAAGUCCUUCAGCCGUGGCAGAGAGAACACGUCCAUGUACAACAAAAUAGAGAGGAAGCUGUACUGGCACCUGAAGCUCAUCUUCCCUCAGAGCGAUGCGGAAUACUCCACCAGAGUUCCAGAAGACCGAGUUCUCGAGAAGAUCCUGAGCGACUACGUCCACCCGACUGAAUCGGAUCCGGUCAAACGGCAGAACUUGAAGACGUACGUUCUCACUCCCCUCGAUCAGCUCAGCGUGUUUAUGAAGUCUGAGCAGAGGCUGCCAAACUCUCUGAACUACCAUGAGCUGGACUUGAAGAAAAGUCUCAGAGAGAACCUGGCGUUCAAAACGGUGGUGGAGUACCCCGAGCUCCACGUGGUUGUAAAAGGACAUUGUGAGGAAUACCGCACUCGCAUCCCAGACAAAGGCAUCAUCUCAUCACGUCCGUCUUCCUCUUCAGAAGCUCGGGGAGCUCCGGAGAGCCACCCGGCAAGAACAGAAAAGGAAACAAUGGCAGAAUCGGAGCUGGAGGAGGGAGAGAUCCAAAGCGAGGAUGAGGAGGAUAAUAAUCUAAAAAAAACAUUGAACGAACCUCCACAUCAUCUAAAUGACGAUGAUGAUGAUGAUGAUGAUCUCAAAAAUACAGCAGGCUCAGAGUGUCAUCUUCCUCGUCCUUCAAGCGAUAAUAUCGAUGAGGAUGUUGAAGGUCAUCUUGGUGACCUUGAAAGUCCUGCUGUCCAGAAUGCAGUGCGUCUUUCUUCCUGCCAUGAUGAUGUCACCAAACAGAAGAGUGAUUCCCUGGAAGCAGAUGUUGCUCCUCUUCCUCCUCCUGAUGGUGGAAUAUGAAAGGAUGACACCGCGAUGGAAAUGACGGGGGGAAAAAAUCCGUGCUUUGUAUGUUUCGCUUACUGCGGACUCGAUAAUCACAAAUUCAUUGCCGUUAUUUAGGACAAAGAUCAGGUGCUUAUUGUAAAAUAAUCAGCGACAAGGUGGUGAGUAGGCGGAGUUACCGUUACCGCUCCGCAGGUGAUUAUUUAUCAAUAAUCGCACGUCCUGAAGGGUUUUAUUCCUCUUUAUUCCAAUUCUUACAAUUUUUUGUUUUAUUAGAAGAACGAUGAAUCAUAGUUUUUUUUAUCUGUUUAUAGUUAUUUUGACUGUUUUGGAACAUCCAUGAACAUCCAAGUUAGUUCCUGUUCUCACUUGCAUUAUGGUAGGAUCGGUAUUUUCUUAGCAUGUUCUAUAAAAGUUAUACAUAAGUAAUAAAAAGUGCAGUUUUUUUUUUU